AUGGUUGCACCGGAGAACGCGGAAUGCGAUUGGUGUGGAAUGCGAGGGGACUUUGCCUAUCGCUGUCCGAACCCCGGCCACAUGAGAUAUUGGAGGCCGUGUGAUUCAUGCGGAGAGCUGGGACACUUGAACAAUCAUUGUUGGAGAGCUAGAUCAGAUCGUCCAUUGUUUCCAGAACCUACCUGUUGUACCGAGUGUGGAGGGAGUGGACACUUCCCUCAUCGUUGUCCAUACCGAGUUGUGCGAGAGAAUUUAAACCCAUCCAGUCAACUUGAGGGGACGGGAGAGAACCCGUUGGACAAAGCUGUUCGAGGAGAAGAGAACCCGACGAACCAAGCUGGAACAUCAUUGUCUGCUGCCUCUACCUCAACCGAGUCUCCCGCUGAACCGCCACCUGAUGAGCCAGCUAGGGAGUGUGUAUGCUCCUGUGAGGCGUGUACUAGGCUCAAGAACCCAUAG